AUGGAUAACUUGCAAGAAGACUAUUAUCCAGGAGCGUCUUUAACGGCUCCAAUUUUCUCCCCUUCCCAGGACAAAAAUGAGUUCAUAUAUCCUAAUUAUAUGCUCGCCACUGAUUUGUUGAAGCUACUCGGAGGUGAACGAUCAUGGACCAGCAAUGAAAUCCAGGACGACCUGCACGUCUUGGAGCGUAAUCGGUUGAGGACGGUGAGAGAUUUGAGAAGCUUGUCUAAACGGAGUUGGAAAAAAAUCGAAUUACUUCCUCUUGUGAAGGAUCUGUUGAUAUACGCUAUAAGGUCUUGUGAACAAAAAACCGAAUCUCAAGACAUUCAAAUAAAGGUGCGAUAUACAGAGCACACGAAUCCGGUUCCCAUCGUUUGUAACAUGACCAUACCGAGAAGUAUCACGCUAAAGGAUCUCAAGUUAAAGCUGGCAAUGAAUUUUAGAUUCAAUUUCGAUAAAAAACUCGAAUACUCUUUCUUUGACAAAGAUGGUAAUAAUCUUGUCAUAUCAUGUGACGAAGAACUCACUCUGGCUCUAGCCAACAAAGAGGGUUUUGUUCUUGACGUGAAAGAACAUUAUACUUUCUGUUAUCCCGACGUUCCACAAAAGUAUCAAGCCACCGGAGUCUGUAAAGUCUUGGUUCCAUCUCAAUAUUUGACUCGGGAACAUGCCAGCAACGGACCUGUAUGGGGAACCGACGUCUAUACAACUGACUCGGCCUUUCUCAAAGCUCUUGUCCAUUCGGGACUGAUUGAAGUGACCAGCAGUACCCCACCAAGAUGUGAUGUUCUUGUCACUGUUCGAUACUUGCCAGGCCGCACAGGUUAUCGCGGUAGUAAGCGCCAUGGUAUCUCCUCCGAUACUACGGGUAAAUACGAGUCCAGCAUGUCAUUCAUGGCCGUACAAAAGGUUCCCCUAUGA